UCCAUGACCACCUCGGCCGAGUGAACAGGAUGAAUCUUUUGCUGCAUCGUCUCGUCGUGAAGCACAAGGCCUCAGACCAAUUGCUCAGUUUACGGGACAGAUGAAUGUGAAGACCCACGAACAUGGCAGAUUCUACACUGGACUUAAUGGGCAUCCCAGAUUUGCUGGAUCAGCCUCUGGAGUCUACCUCAUGGACACGAUCCGAAACGAGUUGACAACUUCAAACCACCGAGUCAAUGGGAUUCUAGAGGCCUUUCUAUCAAAGUUUGAGACGACGAGUGGAGGCUCACAGGAUGUGCACGGAGACUAUCGUUCCCUCUUGCAACCCAUAGCUUGCUCAGACAUCGCGGAGAUUCGAGCCAGAUUCAACAUCUACUUUCGUCAUUGGCACCCCUUGUUCCCGUUUCUCGAUGGGAAAGCAGUGCACAACAGACUUGAAAACAUUCUCCAGAGGGCAGAAUCGAGCUCCGCAGGCUUCAAUCUUACAUUCGACUCCAUGGACGACGUCAAUGGAUUGGUAUGGAUGAUCUUGCUUCGGGUCAUCCGGACCAUCGGUGGACUCGGGAGACCGACAAAGUCUGGCAUCUCCACCAUCGAGAGGGCAGGCGAAGCCAUGAGUUUGGCAUAUUUGGUUCUCGACGCGAACGAUGCUUCGACCAUAGACGAUGUGGUCACUGUCCAAGCUCUAUUCGCUCUGCAGUUGACCAUGUACGCCAGGGGAUGGUACCGACCCGCUGCGAGAUUGUCGGCCAUCACUAUCAAAAUCAUGCUUGAAGCUGGCCUACAUCGAUGUCCAUGUCGUUACCCAUCCACAUUCCAAUCUGAUGCCCUGAGGGAUCUCAGAAAACGAAUAUUCUUCUCAGUCUUUGUGCUCGACAGAAUCCUAUCCGCUGAUUUUGGUUUACCUCUACUCAUGAGGCAGACAGAUAUCGACGUCUGCCUACCAGGCGCUGUGGAAUUGCACGGCAACACGCCUCCAAGUGAUGGACGUAAGGAAGUCGACGCUGAGUCACCCUCCUCGGCAGGUCAGAAAAGGAAACGAAGUGGCCAGCAGACCACCAACACGCCAAUAGAUGUCUACCCUUCGAACCCUGAAGGAACAUAUAGCGAAACAAGUCCAGCUAGAACUCCACAGAAAGCUCCUGCAGCAAAGGACAGAUUAUUGCCGGCUAGGACCAUGGCAAAGUUUGCCAUCCUCGUUGGUCGGAUCGUUGAGACGUUUAACCGGUCACGACGAUGGAGAACAGCUGAUCCCGAGGAUGCCCUACGGAUACGCACAGAACUCGAUGAUUGGUGGCUUGAGCUCGAUCGAAGCUCAGUGGACACUCACCCUUCUUCGGAUCCCCUUGGCCCUCACAUCGUUCUCUUUCAAUGCCUCUACCAUCAACAACUCAUCCGCAUCAACCGACACUCUUUGUCGCUGCCCGCUACUUCCAUACAUCAUCGCCACGCCCUGCAAUCGACCGUCAUUGCCGCCAAAGCCAUUGCAACGUGUCUUGAAUCAGGAUUGACCAAUGACCAACAAUAUUUCAAGUGGCCGGGGUAUGCGGACAUGCUACUAGAUGCUGCGUUGUUAUUUGCCUACGCGGCGACAUUGAGUGUCGGAGGUGGCCAGUCAGGGUAUGUUGUGUACACGAUCGUGUGCUGAUAUGACUGACGAUGGACGAGCAGGACCGUACGGCAACUCAGCGCUGUCUCACGUAGUCUCUCGUCACUUCAACGAGUAUGGCCAGAGGUAAAUCGCAUACUUGUCGCCGUCACGAAUCUCACGAACUCCCUGCUUGGUGUCGAGGAUACCACUCCAGCUGAGGCGAACUCGACCAAUGAUCCCAUGGAUUGGCUCGCUCAAUUUGGCCUCGAGGCAAAUCCUCUAGACUUUUCGUUCAGCCUGUCAAAUGGAUUCAAUCAGGAUAGUAUGCUGUCAGUAGGCUUUGCUCCAAUGUCUCCGGCUUGAAGCCGCAGCGCUUGCAUGCAUUGCAGCAUGAGCUCUUUAUUACUUGU